AUAGCCGAUUGAUGAUUCAGUCUAAAUAUAAACCAUUUCACAGCAAGUCGGCUCGAUACACAUUACAUGUAUCAUUUCUUGCUGAAGCAUAUGUACACAGAAAGUUUAAUAUUUAUAUUACAUUAAAUACAGCUUAUACAUACGGAAUAUAAAAUGGCCGCCGUAAAGUUUCAGGGAACCGUUGUAGAAUGUCAGCCAUUCUCAGCUGAACAAGCUGCAGCCGAGCUGAGGAAGGCAAUGAAAGGGCUAGGAACAGACGAAGCAAAAAUAAUUGACGUGCUGGCUAAGCAUACCAAUAAGCAAAGGCAAGAGAUUGCGCUCACAUUUAAAACACAAUACGGAAAGGAAUUAAAGGCAGAACUGAAAUCUGAAUUAGGUGGCAAGUUCGAGGAUGUUGUGAUCGCACUGCUAGAAACUCCAACUAAUUACGACGCAAUGGAACUUAAAAAAGCAGUCAAGGGUUUAGGUACAGACGAAGGUACACUUAUAGAAAUUCUUUGCUCAAGAUCAAAUGCGGAAAUUUCAGAAAUCAAAGCAGCAUAUAAAAAAUUGUUCAAAAGUGACCUUGAAAAAGACAUCAUGAGCGAUACGAGCGGACACUUCAAACGUUUACUAGUAUCACAGCUGUCAGCUAACAGAGAUGAAAAUUUGACCGUGGACCAAGCAAAGGCAGAUGCUGAGGCAAAAGAACUUUUUGAUGCAGGUGCUAACAAGAUUGGAACUGAUGAAUCAACUUUUAACAGAAUCUUAUCCCUGCGUAGUUACCCCCAGCUUGUGGCAACAUUUGACUCGUACAGACGGCAAUAUGGGAAGGAAAUUGAGGCUGUCAUAAAGGCGGAAACCAGUGGAUAUUUGGAGGACGGAUAUCUUGCAAUUGUUUCGAUUGCAAAAAGUAAAACAGGGUAUUUCGCAGAGAGGUUGUACAAGAGUAUGAAAGGUGCAGGAACAAAAGAUUCAGUACUGAUCAGAUGUGUUGUAACACGUUCAGAGGUAGAUCUGGUGCAAGUAAAGGAGGAAUUUCUGAAGAAAUACGGUAAAACACUAGGAAGUUUUAUAAAGGGUGAUUGUAGUGGCGACUAUAAGAAGAUGUUGCUUGCUUUGUGUAAGGAAGCCUAGACAUACUUCAGUGUUCAUGUUAUAGCUUUAUCAUAUUCCUUAUGACCUACGGAGGUUUCAUAGUCAGAUUAUUUGUGCUAAAUAUUUGCUUUAAUUAAGUCUUGUCCAUUUUUUUGUAAGUUUUUAUUUUCCUUGAUGCGAACGUUAUAAGACAAAGACAUUUAUAUAGUUACAUUUUCUAUACAAUCAGUGAAGUUUAUCUGUUAAUUAUCAGUUUAUUUACACAGUGUUUCUAUAGAUAGCUUAAGUUUUACCUAUCACAUAGUUAAGUGUUUUUAUCAAUAUUUGGAUCAAGAUUUUGAGGCUGCAGGAAGAACAUCAGCAAAUAACAUUAUCAAACUAAACAACUGUUUUCCUUGUCAAUCUAUUACCUUUAACUUAAUAACUAAUUUAUAUUGUUCACAUGUGCUCUUUCAUUAGUUGUUAACUACUUUAUUUAAUUGUUGUAUCAAACUGUGUAUUGGGACUAUAUUUAUUUUGUCAUAAAUUUUGUUAACUUUUACAACAUUGUAUGUUAUUAAACUUUCCAGAAAAUUGAA